GUCACCCGGCUGACAGGUGGCAGAGCCGGGAGUCGAACCCAUCACCUCUGACUCCGAAGCCCGGGCUCUUUACAUGCGGCUAAGAGGAACGCGUCUUCUAAGUGCAGACAUGGCCAUCGACUGGAUUGGUUUUGGAUACGCUGGGAUGGUGGCUUUCGGAGGCGUCUUGGGUUACAAUCGCAAAGGUAGUAUAAUAUCUCUGAUCGCUGGACUUUUCUUUGGCUCGAUGGCUACCUAUGGAGCUUUCUGCGUCUCUCGUGACACCCGGGAUGUAAAGAUAUCAUUGCUUACGGCUUUCGUUCUGGCCACGAUAAUGGGUGUGCGGUUCAAGAGAUCCAAGAAACUUAUGCCAGCAGGAAUCGUCUCUGGGCUAAGCCUCUUGAUGAUUUUGAGACUCGUUUUGAUGCUGCUGUAAGAAUCCAAAGCAACUGAGAACUGAGUUCGUAUCAUUCCAUUGCAACAGGCAAACCCGGAUUAGUACUUGAAAGAUAAGUUUUACCAAUAAAGGCUGCUUGUCUCUUUUUGGGUAAAAAUGAACAUUCACAUAUGUAUCUAAAAAGUAACUAGAACUAGCCCAAGCAUUUUUUUUUUUUUUUACAGAACUGUUUUUAAAAAAGUUUUUAAUUGUCAAUCACUGCUUUCAUCAUCAAAAGAACUAAAUCAUGAAAUCUGUUUCACUGAAAGCUUAUAAAGAAAAUAAUUAUAAACUACAGGUUUUUCUAAUCGAAUACCAUAAAGACUCAGGACAGCAGAUAGGUUUGUAAUAAAAUGAAAAGUGUCAAAUAAUUUAAAACCCCAUCUCCAAUGGAACUGAACUAGUAACGGUCAUUGAUAUUUGUUUGUAAUACGUUUCAAUGGAAAUUAUUUUUCUCUUGAAAAUUUUAUCCCAGUCACAGCAAAGUGCACUGUUCAAAUAGAGCCAUAUUUGAAUAAAUAAAAAUAUACUCUUUUUA